GGGCCGCGGCCGGCCGGGGGGGGGGGGGCCGCCGAGGUCCGCGCCGAGCGCUCGCAGUCUCUUUCCGUAAGCUAAGCAGGGCUGGGGGAGGGUCGGGGCUGGAUGGGUGACCGCGCCACCGGCCUGCGGUGCCCCAGGCGAGAUCCCGUAUGGCCCGGGGUAAAACCAGCCCUGCCAGCCGCGUUGGUUGGGCUAGCGCGGGCUGGAGAAGUGCAUCAGCGCCUUCAGCAGGGUCACAAUGCGGGCUGAGCAGGACCUGGCCGCAGUCUUUCAGAGCCCCCUGGUCUUGCCAGCGUGGGUGAAUGCCGGGGCCUGCCUGCCUUCCCCAGGGGUUCCGAGUCUCCCUGAGUCUGCUCCUUUUUGUCAUAUCCAGCGGGCGGGUGGGUUUCAUCAGGGUUUGUUGGAGCUUGAAAACAUGGACGAGGCAGUUUCGAGAGUCGCCGCAAAGCCAUGGAGCUCGCUGUGGCGACAUCUCUGCUGCUCAGAGAGAAGGGGAAGCGUUUUGCUUCGAGCUGCGGCAGAAAUGCUGCACAAAACCUUCGUUUCCAUGUUUGUAAAUUAGCCAGACAUCUAAGCAGAGUGUCUAAUUAAUAUUCAGGGUAGAAAUACAAGAACUAUCCAGCAGAGCGCUCCAAACAGUUACUAUUGCAUGUACAACAGUAACACCAACAGACCUCAGUAAAGGAUCGGGGCUCCCUGAUGCUCUACACACAAGGUGGCUUCAGUCACCAUGAAGAUAAAGACGAUGCAUCCAGUGCUGAAGGCUUUUGUAUGUGGUUCCAUCAGUGGGACCUGCUCCACGCUUCUAUUCCAGCCCCUAGACCUGAUCAAAACCCGGCUGCAGACCUUGCAGCCAUCCAUCAAUGGGUCACAUCGUGUGGGGAUGGUUGCUUUGCUCUUUCGAGUUGUUCGCACUGAAAGCCUCCUGGGGCUCUGGAAAGGGGCCUCUCCAUCCUUUGCAAGAUGCAUCCCUGGAGUUGGGAUUUACUUCAGCACCUUGUAUUUGAUGAAGCAGAAGUUUUUUAUGGACUGCUCCCCAACAGCGCUAGAGUCGGUCUUUCUGGGAGUAAGCUCUCGUACGGUAGCAGGAGUUUGCAUGCUGCCCAUAACUGUAGUAAAGACACGGUAUGAGAGUGGAAAGUAUGGUUAUGGGAGUGUGUAUGGAGCCCUGAGGAAUAUCUAUCGAACAGAAGGAGCUCGUGGCUUGUACAGUGGGCUGACAGCAACACUCCUGCGGGAUGCACCUUUCUCGGGCAUCUACUUGAUGUUCUACACACAGACCAAAAAAAUCACUCCUCAGGAUCAGUUGGAUCCAGCCCUCAUCCCCUUAGUGAACUUUAGCUGUGGGAUCUUCGCAGGAAUCCUGGCUUCUUUGGCUACUCAACCUGCUGAUGUUAUCAAAACUCACAUGCAGUUGUCACCUGAAAAAUACCGCUGGACAGGCCAAGUCAUUGCCUUAAUAUACAAGGAUUAUGGAUUGGUUGGCUUCUUCCAUGGUGGCUUCCCCCGUGCUCUGAGGCGUACUUUGAUGGCAGCAAUGGCAUGGACUUUAUAUGAACAGAUGAUGGAAAAAAUGGGUCUGAAAUCUUGAAUGACUCAUUGUGCAGGAGUUCAGCCUACCCCCUUCUCUGGCUUAUCAUGAUCAGCUAGCAAGACUGGUGAUUUCCCAGCUCCACAGGGGAUGAGAUUUGCUCAGUCAUGGGGGGUGGGGGGGGGGAGUGACGUGAUUUCUGAUACAGGGGUGUAGGUUGAAAAUCUUUCCCAUCUGACACAGGUGCAAGUAGAGGAAAGAUGGAUUUGAUCUUUGUAUCCUCUGAGUAAAUCAUUCCAGGAAGACCAUACUAUUACACUUCCUUGGGAGAUGGACAGUUUUGGUGUUCUAGAAGCUAAAUGAUUACUACACAGGUUCAAAGAAACUCCUUCAGAAUGGUCAUGUGUGCAUUGGGAAGUCUCUACACGGAAGAGAACUGAAGUUGACGACCUGUACUGCAGAACCCAAUGCCUUUCUUGCCAAGGGGUGUGCCCAAGACACUAUGACAUGCUUUGUCUCAUCUAAUCCUAAAUCUCUCUUGCUGUUCUCUUUCCAUGUGUAAAGAGAAGGUAUAGUAGAGGAUGUUAGGAGGUCACAGCCUUUUCAGAGUUUGCUUAAUGUGAUUGUUGGUGUUUUGUCUUUGAGUCGGAGAGAGAGAAGGGGAAAGGACUGUGACUGGAAGGAAGACUGAGAAAUGCCGUCUUAUUAGCUUGCAUGCUAGCAGUGAAAGUGGGUCAUGUAGUCAUUGAUAUCUUUCCUGCUUUUAUUUAAAGAGGACUUAAUGACAGGCUUUAGACAUUAACUUCUUUCAAAAAUAACUUAUUUUGCAUCUGCAGUAAUAUUUGCACAGACCUUAAGAAGAAAAGAAGCACUUUAGGAUGAUACUAGAGAGAGGGAAUUUGUUGCUGCAAAAAGCUGCACUAAUUCAUGUGAAAUGUUCUCUGUCUAGCUAAAUGACUGUAAUGUGGGGCUGAUGCCCACUGUCUGCAGCAAAUCUGUAGAUGUUGAAAGAAAAUGCUGUUUCAUUUAUAAUCUUUCUUUAAAGACUUGGGGCUUUUGGGCCCAUGUAGGGAACUCCCUGUGUCCCCUUGUACUCUGAAGAGAUCCCAGAAAACUUCAAAUCAGCUUGGUAAAUCGUAGAUGUUUUUCCUGGCAAGCAUUUCAUUUUAGGGCAGUUAAACUAAAAACAGCAAAUGGAAUACCCAAAUAUGUUGACAUAAUAGGUCUACCAGCCUUAAACAAAUGUCUGUGUAUUAGCCAUCAUUUUUAAAAUUAAAAUACAGAUUCCAAUAGCCAAUGUACACCAUCAUGCACUCCAGGAGUACAUAGAUUCCAGAGAAAUUCUUCAUUAGAUGAUCAUAAAGCUAGCAGAAUUAACAUUUGGGCCCAACAGUGUCCUUGGUUUUUGUUUCAACUUUUAAACCAAGGUGAAGAAUAGAUGUGUAGGGUCCUGAGUAUCCCACUGAUUACUGUGGGAGUUCAGCAUACUCAGUACUUCAGGACUGGGAUUUUGGUGAGCUAAUAUAAGAUUUGAAUGUACAAGUAAGAACUGAAUAGGGUAUAGCCAUUAACCAAAAUAAGUUUUGUGUGGGGUGAAGUGUGUUUGCAAGUGAUGGGUGAUAAGAACACAAGAUAUCAACUGUGCAGCUUAGUUUAAUCCCACCUGUCCUGACCCUUCCCUGAUGGAGGAAAGAUGCUGACUGGCCAUGGAUUAAGAACUAUUCUUACCUAGUUCUCUCUCAGGCUUUGCCGUUGCAGAGCAGUGCAAAGGCUUGGGCACUUGAGAUCAUGUUAAAUAAUGGGAGUUGAGUAGCAUGCUUGUGCAGUGCUGUUAGCAGAUAGUUUGAAAAGCCCAUCUCAGUUACCCACUCGGUGGUGAAGAGGAACAGCCAGUAGGCAGUAUGCGCACCUAAUGUCAGGAGAACAUGUUGGGGAUGAGGCUUGUGUGCGAGUGUAUAUGGUGUGUUUACAUGACUGCAAAGCUUUCAGUUCCUAGGUCAUUAAGGAACUAGCUUUUCAGGCUGCAGCAUUACAGAUGUUCUUGCAUAUUAGAAAAUAAAACCUUUUAAAAUGA